ACAAUGCACUGCGCUGGCGGGUAGCCGCGCGGGGGCGGGGCCAGGGCCGGAAGUAGGACGGCGGUAGCGGCGCUAACUCUGGCGGCUCGGGACUGAGUGCGAGAACCACCAUGAUUCUUCAGAGACUCUUCAGAUUCUCCUCUGUCAUUCGCUCAGCAGUCUCUGUCCACUUGCGGAGGAACAUUGGUGUUACAGCCGUGGCAUUUAAUAAGGAACUUGAUCCUAUACAGAAACUCUUUGUGGACAAGAUUAGAGAGUACAAAGCAAAGCGACAGUCAUCUCAAGGACCUGUUGAUACUGGCCCAGAGUAUCAGCAAGACCUGGAGAGAGAGAUUUUUAAACUUCAACAAAUGUAUGGGAAAGGAGACAUGACGACGUUCCCCACCUUCAAAUUUGAAGAUCCCAAAUUUGAAGUCUUGGAAAAACCCUCAUCCUGAAGAAAUAACAUGAAGUGAAUCUGGUAACUUGUCAUGGAUUUGUUGUACAACUACUUAGAAAUGUAAUAAAUAUACACUUCACAACUGUCAAAUGCUCUAUUAAAUUCAGAUUACAAAUAAAUUGGUAAUAUUGCCCA